AUGAACUGUCGCCGUCUCGUCUCCCGCUACCCUCCAUGGCUCAUAUUUUUGGUGGUGUUGGGCGCGAUCGCCCACUACAACGAGUACUUGGCGCUGCGGAUCCGCUCGUGUUUUUGGCGGAUGCCCGAAGAGGGUGGGAUAAGAGUUAUGUUGGUGGCGGACCCGCAAUUGGUGGGAUAUCAGAACGAACCGAAAUGGUUGGGGGCCUUCACACGAUGGGACUCGGACCGGUAUGUUUUUUUUGAUGGUCGUUUUUGGGAGGUUCCGUUGUAAGCGGACGGCUAUAUAGUCUGUUUUGAUCGAUUUUCGAGUGUUUUCAUAAAGUGCGUAGACAUUUUUUAAAAAAAUAUUUGAUCAUUCCAAAUGAUUUUUUAAAUUCAGGAAGUGACGUUAUAAGGCUUAAGAUGUCAGUUAACUUGCCCAAUAUGACCGCGCAACUUGCCCAACCUGACCGGGCAACUUGCCCAAAAUGACUGGCCAAGUUGUCCAAUAUAAGUUUUCAGCCAAAUUCAAGAAAAAACACACCUCAAUUACCUCCAAAUUGACCAGGCAACUCGCCCAAUAUGACCGGGCAACUUGCCCAGCUUGUGCGGGAAAGUUGCUCAAUUUGACCGAGCAAGCUGUCCAUUCUUAGUUUUCAACCAAACUCAAAAAAAAAACAAACCUCAAUUAUCUUCAAACUGGCCGAGCAAGUUGCCCAAUUUUACCGGGCAACUUGCCCAAAAUGACCGGGCAACUUGCCCAAUGUUAGUUUUCAGUCAAAUUUAAGACAAAAAUCACCUCAAUUAUCUUCAAAUUGAUCGGGAAAGUUGCCGCCGAAAUUGACCAGCGAAGUUGGCUAAUAUGCCCAAAUAUUAAUUUCAACUCUAAAAAUUCUCGAUAAAGUCUCUGCUAAUUGUAAAUUUUCUUACACACAAAUCCUACAUAAAUUUGGCAAUAUUUCCCUUUUCAGUUACAUGAGCAAUGCGUUCACGGUGGCCUACAAAAUUCUUCAGCCGGAUAUGGUCAUCUUUCUCGGCGACCUCAUCGAUGAAAUGGUGUUUGCGAACGAUGCGGAGCGAGAAUGGGCGAUAAACCGGUUUUACGAGGCAUUCCCGCAAUUCGACUUGAACACCACAGUAAGCAAUUUUAAAAUAAAAAAAAACAGUAUAAAUUAGGUUUAUUUGACCGGUCAGAUUGGGCAAAUUGACUUUCACUGUUCAAAUUUAAAUUGAUUUUAAAUUUUGAGAAGAAAAUGGGUUUGUUUUUUUGGUCGUCAUGACCGGUCAUACUGGGCAACUUGACCGAAAUUUUAAGUCAAAAGAUGGAUUUUGAGUUCGAAAAACGUUUUGAUUGACCUUUUUAACAAUACUGUUGGCGUUCAUGACCGGUCAAUUUGGACAAGUUGACCGGUCAGUUUGGGCAAAUUGACCGAAAUUUUAAACCAUGGAGAGCUGGAUUUCGAGUUAAAAUUUUUUUUGGUCGACCCUUUUAAUGUUUCUGGUGGUCAUGACCGGUCAGUUUAGGCAACUUGACCGGUCAUAUUGGACAAAUUGACCAAAAUUUUAAGUCUUUUAAUCCGAGGUUUUGAGUUAAAAAUUUUUUUUUGACUUAUCAUGACCGGUCAGUUUGGGCAACUUAACCGGUCAUAUUGGGCAAAUUGAGCGCAGUUUUAAGUCUUUCAAUCCUAGAUUUUGAGUUCAAAAACGAUUUUGGUUGACCCUUCUAAUGUUGCUAGUGUUCAUGACCGGGCAAAUUGACCGAAAUUUUAAGCCUUUUAAUCCGAGAUUUGGAGUUAAAAAAAAUUUUUUGAUUUAUUAUGAUCGGUCAGUUUGGGCAACUUGGCCGGUCGUAUUGUGCAAAUUGACCGAAAUUUUCAGUCUUGUAAUCCGAAAUAUCGUUGAGAAAAAAAAUUUUUUUUUGACUGACCGGUCAAAUUGGGCUACUUGAUCAAAACUUUAUGUCUUUUAACCCGAGAUUUCGAGCUGAAAAAAAUUUUUUUUGACUUACCAUGACCGGUCAGAUUGGGCAACUUGAUCAAAUUGGUUUUAAAAUCAGUCAGGUUCUACAAUCAGAUCUCUCCUCUCUAGUCCUUAUUAACAAAAAUUCUCCAGCUGAUCUUCAUUCCCGGCGACAACGACAUUGGCGGAGAAGUGGAGCCGGUUCAAGACCAUCUCCGUCGCAAAUUCGCCGACAAAUUCCCCAACUAUUAUUCGAAUCGCGCGACCGACAAGCUCCUCGAGCUCAGCAUGGUCGACUCGCUCAGCGACAAUCAACUGUACCGCUUGAGCAGAGCGCCCGGCGGCCUGCCGGUGAUGCUGAGUCAUUUGCCGAUGAUCCGCAGCUUCAUCAAGCCCAUUUUUGAGCAGUUCAGCGACGAGAGCUACGAGACUCGACUGGUUUUGUCGGCCCACGACCAUGUCUCGGAGUAUUACAUCCAGCCCGAACAUGAUCAGCGGUUUGAUCGGGUAGCUGGAGAGAAUGGAAUCAAGUUUUUGUUCGCGAAAGGCAACAAGAAUUCGGUUCUGGAGAUUCAGGUGGGAUUUUUUAGGGUCUUGUCAUCAUUUUCACUUUAUAAAAAUACUAUGUCUUUUGCAUAGUGCAGGGUGUUCCAAGCAUUGUGGAAAAAACUAUUCAUUAAUAACUUUGUGCUCGGUGGUCCAAUCCGAAAAUUCUUUUUUGCAUUUUGCAGAAAAACCUUGGAAUUUUUAGAAUCAAAAAAAAUUUUUUUUUAUGGGCGGAGGCUUCCGUAAUCCGCCUUGAAUUCGGCGAAGUGUUUUUUUUCACAAAUGAGGCUGUAAAAAUGGGGUAGUUUUUUUCUCCGCCGAAUUGCCUUUUUUUCUUCUCCCAGUCGGCCGAAGACGUAAUAUAAGUCAAGUUUAGGCGCCAUGCCACUAGUGAUUCCAUACAGUUUGGUUUUAGCCAAUUUUGGCUCUCCAAAGUCGAAGAAAAAUCCUCCGCCGAGGUUAAAAAAUGUCUCCGCCGAAUUACAAAAACUUGAAAUAAAGGUCAUAUUGUAUCUUCUGAAUCUCUUCCCGCCCAUUUUCUUUACACCUACAACAAUUUACAGCCUCAUUUGUUAAAAAAAAAACACUCCGCCGAAUUCAAGGCGGAAAAAUUGUCGGAUUGGACCACCGAGCACAAGCUUAUUAAUCAAUAUUUUUUUCCAUAACUCUUGGAACACCCUGUAUUGUAAAAGCAACUCACUAAUUUCAGGUCCCCACCAUAUCCUACCGAAUGGGCGUCCCGAAUAUGGCCAUUGGCGUUUUGGGCGUCCGAAACUCCUCGGACGGCUUUCACAUUCACUACGAAAACUGGUGGCUACCCUCCCGAUAUCCCCAACUGUACGUGUAUCUGGUCUACAUUGCCUUUGUCUUCGCAUAUUGCGUUCGCAAAUUGUAUCUCAGCGUUUCGAGACGUAGUGAUGGAAAACCAGUGAAAUAUUCGAUUGUUUAA